AACCCUCCGUAGUAGUAGAGUCAAAAAACAAUUUUUAUAUACCAAAAUCCCACCAAUGUCAAGACUCAAGAGCGGGCUCCCCCAACGGCGGCCGCGCCCGCGACGACCCAGCGCCACCGCCGCCCCGCCCCUCCCUCGCCCGGCCAUCUGCACGGGGCCGAGGGCGCGGCGCAUCGAUCCGGCGCGCAGGUCGCUGCCCGCGGCCGGCGGCGCGAGCGCGCGGGCGAUGAGGAGCGGCGGGGCACUGCUCGCCACGGCCGGCCUCGCAUCACAGGCUGCAAAGAAUCUUGUAGCUGCGGCCGCGGCACCUUCAGCCCCUGCUUUCAGGGCAUCUGCUGCAAAUACACCUUCUGGAGCAGGUAGCAUGCUUAGGAAUCUACAGCAGAGGUACUGGUCAAGCUUUGUUGGUCAGAGGGCACGGGGCGUGCACUCUGGUGCUGCCGCUUUUCUUUCUAAAGAGAUCCAUAGGAGUGGCCCAGAAAGAGUUACACAGAACUUCAAAACGCUAAAUCAAGGAAUUUCAAGUGCGGCAAGGGAGGAAGGACAUGUUCUUGGUACUGCUAGUGCACCCCAGUACACAGUAGAGAAGGACCUACUUAAAAAGCAGCUUCUGCGUACCAUCUCUGCCCUUACAGUUACUGGCUUUGCCAUCUAUGGCGUUAAGCUUAUGCUUGAUAGUGCCAUAGACACCAAAGUUAGCAAAUUCGAUGGUUUGAAAGAAGUAUUAGCCACAGAUUUAAGCACAAGGUUCAGUGAUGUAAAGGGGGUUGAUGAAGCCAAAGCUGAGCUCGAAGACAUAGUUCACUACCUACGAGAUCCCGAUAGUUUCAAACGCCUUGGUGGCAAGCUUCCAAAGGGUGUUUUGCUUGUGGGCCAACCUGGCACAGGGAAGACAAUGCUAGCAAGGUCGGUAGCUGGGGAAGCCGGCGUCCCUUUCUUCUCGUGCAGUGGCAGUGAUUUCGAAGAGAUGUAUGUUGGUGUUGGUGCUAGGAGAGUGAGGGAGCUCUUCAGUGCAGCAAAGAAGCGAUCUCCUUGCAUAGUAUUUAUCGAUGAAAUCGAUGCAAUUGGUGGGCGCAGAGACACUGAAGGUUUAACGUCACAGAGGCCGGCUCUGAACCAGCUGCUUGUUGAGAUGGAUGGCUUCAAGCAGAAUGACGGGAUUAUUGUGAUCGCAGCAACGACCUUGCCGCAGUCACUAGAUAGCGCUCUUGUCAGGCCUGGACGUUUUGACUGUCAAGUUCAUGUUUCGGUUCCAGAUGUUGAGGGCCGCCGACAGAUCCUCGAGGCUUACAUGUCAAAGGUGAGUAAAUCCAAGGAUGUGGAUGCGAUGACCAUCGCAAGGGGGACGCCUGGGUUCUCAGGUGCAGCCCUUGCAAACCUAGUGAACACUGCCGCUCUUAAGGCUUCCAGGGAUGGGGCAAAUGCUGUUGGGAUGGGUCACCUUGAGUACGCCAUGGACAGGAUCAUCAUGGGCAGGGAGCGCAAGUCGAUGGUGAUAUCCGGUCUAUCAAAGAAGAGGACUGCAUACCACGAGGCUGGGCACGCCCUUGUUGCUAUCCUCACGGACGGUGCUAACACUGUCCACAAGGCCACCAUCGUGCCUAUGGGAAAUGCUCUCGGCAAGGUGACGCAGCUGCCAGGGGAAGACAGCCACCUCACAAGGAAGCAGAUGCUGGCGAGGCUCGACGUCGCCAUGGGAGGACGGGUGGCCGACGAGCUUAUAUUUGGAGAAGCAGGGAUCACCACUGGUGCCUCAUCUGACCUAAGCAAGGCAACUCGAUAUGCGAAAGACAUGGUCGUCAAGUAUGGUAUGAGCAAGCGUGUCGGCCUUGUUUCCUAUGGCAAUGACAUCAAUGCUGCCCGUGGCAAGGCGAUGGCCAUGAGCGGGCGGACGAUAGGUCUGGUUGAUGAGGAGGUGAAAGCAUUAUUGGACAACGCUUACAGGAACGCGAAAAAGAUUCUCACAGAGCACAACAAGGAGUUUCAUGCACUAGCAAAUGCCCUCAUGGAGCAUGAAACUCUCACUGGUGACCAGAUCAAGAAACUAGUUUUGACAGGGCGACAAGGAGAUGGUCCUAGCAGCAGCCAGCGAAAUCAGGGAACACCUUCUCUCACAGGUGACCAAAUAAAAAAACGAGUUUCUACAGGACGACAAGGAGAUGGUCGUAGCAACAGCCAGCAAAAUCAGGGAACACCUUCUCUCACUGGUGACCAAAUCAAGAAACGAGUUUCGACAGGACGACAUGGAGAUGGUCGUAGCAACAGCCAGCAAAAUCAGGGAACACCUUCUCUCACUGGUGACCGAAUCAAGAAACGAGUUUCGACAGGACGACAAGGAGAUGAUCGUAGCAGCAGCCAGCAAAAUCAGGUAACACCACCUCUUGCCGGUGACGAGAUCACAAAACUAGUAUCACCAGACCAACAAGGAGAUGGUGGUAACAAUAGCGAUCAGGGAACAUCUUCUCUCUCUGGGGACGAGAGCACCAAAUCAAUGUCAACAGAAGAACAAGGAGAUGGUCCUAACAGCAGCCAGCAUAAUCAGGGAGCACCGUCUAUCAUUGGUGAGGAGGCCACAAAACUAGUUUUGACAGAACAACAAGCAGAUAGUUAUAGCGGUAGCCAGCAGGAUCAGGGAACACCUUCUCUCACCCGCAACGAGGGCGCCAACCAGUGAGGAGAUCAGGAAACGGGUGCUCGUGACGAGAGCGGCAAAGCAGUGACAAGAUCAAGAAACGGGCGUCGACGCAACAAGAAGUAGAUGAUGCUAACAAUGGGUCAGCAGGAUCAGGAAACACCUUCGCCCUAGCCGCCGAGACGCCUACAGGAAUGGGUAUUCCUUUUCCUGAUACUUUUGUUGCAUGCAGACGGAAUGCAGAGAACGAUGUGUACGGUCUGGAGUUUCCUCUGACUUUUGUUUCUGAAUUCCCAAGAGAAUCCAACGUGUUUUGUACUUUUGCAUGAUGUGUUCUGAACCAGUAAAAGCUCCUGUUAUGGGUCUCAAGCAUGAAUGUACCCCAAGAUUUCUAUUGGAACUGGACAUGUGUUAAUGCAAUUAGGUGCUUCUUUCA